CACUUCCUGUUUGCAGCGAGCUGCUGUUGUCAGUUUCAACAAAAUGGCUGCUGGAGGACCGCAAGCGUAAACCCAGAGUCACUCCAGAGCAGGUUAAAUGGACGCCUCGGAGUUUUCCUCCCGUCAGAGCGCGGAGUCCUGCGCGCGAGUGAGAUAGAGCAACGCGCGCCGGAAACGCUCUCCCUGCCCGCCGCCGCGCGCGCACUUUCUGUUGGGCUCGAGAUGAACACGUCAUUGAGAAAGUGCAGAGCGCGCGGUGGAGCUGCUGCACGCGCCGAACGCAGGCGCUGAGGGACUCGGGCUGUUCGCGCGGAAGCUAAAGCUAAAGCUAAAACCGCCGCGUCCUCAGUCUGCACUGGCUGGGCUGGGGGUUAAACAAUCAUAAAAAAUACUCGAACCGGACUGGAAAAGCCAGUGACCGCAGUGUUUGAACUGGAGCGUAUUGUGAGCUGCGCCAGAGCUGCUGAAGUGUCAGUGCGGCUCUAGAGGACAGAGAGACACCUCCGGGCCGGACAACCCGUCCAGCACAGACCCGCCAUUACCGGACCCGCGUCGAGCACGCUGAGCUGAGCUGAGUUGGGAGACAAGCCGAGAAACACAAGAAGAGAUACAUUUGAUGGAAGAAAAGAAAAAGAAAAAGCAAGAAGAAAAGAAGAAAAAGGAAGCUGCUCAGAAAAAGGCUGCUGAACAGGAAACCAAAGUGCCAGACUCUGCCAAGCCCAGCCCUGCUCCUCUUCCCCCUGCCAACCCCAGCGCUACCAACCCCUCUGUGCCCUCAACCAGCAGCAGUGGUGCCAAUGGCAAGCGUGUGUCCUCCAGCACCCAGCAGCAGCAGUCGGCAGUACAGCGCUACCCACCUCGAGAGGUGCCACCACGUUUCCGCCAGCACGAACACAAGCAGCUACUGAAGAGAGGACAACCUCUGCCUGGUGGGAGCCUUCCUGUUGUACUGCCUUCCUCAACCAGCCCUACUGUGCAGUCCUUCCCCAGCCAGUCACACCCAGACUUGCCCUUGCAGAGUGUCCAUUCAGCACAAUAUGAGAGUCCUCACUGGGGACAUACACCUAUCAAUUGCAGUGCUGCUAUAGUCACAACCAGUGACGGUGGCUGGGAUCAACUGGUUAUAGACAAAAGUAAUACAGAGGAGUGGCCUUCUAUUUCUUGCAGCGAAAGCCACAUCCCUGCAGGAUGCCCAUCAGAUAUUGAGGUUCUCAACAUCAACAGCAACACGGACGACAUGAGCAUGGCCACAGGGGGCAGCCAGCAAGGACACUUUCCCACUAAUCAUCCCAGUAAAGCCAGUAAUAGCCACUCAGGAGGCAUCCUCUCCAGCCAGAGUGGGGUCAGUAGAGGCUGGGGCUCUGGCCCAUCUCCUUCCGUUGCCGGAGAAGGAAAGAAUGAUGGCAGCGGUGCAUCAGUGGGAGCCAGGACCUGGGGCUCCUCCAACUUUAACUUGAAUUUGAAUCCCAACGCCAACCCCUCUGCCUGGCCAGUCCUGGGACAUGAGGGGACGGGCAUGGGUGGCAGCUCUGGAGUAUCCAACCAAGCUCCUUCUAAUAUCUGCAGCCCACCGGGUGCUCCAUCCUCUGGACCCAGCAAUAGUGGCAAUUUAGUUGGUGCCAAUGGAAAUUCCUCUGGAACUUCUGGUAAUAGUAAAAGCAGCUCUGCCUGGGGUGGUAUGGUAUCUACAGAUGCCUCUGAGCCACACUCCUCCCCUUCCACGAAUGUGUCUUUUAGUUCUGAACCUCAGAACCUUAACACUGAAGGACCAAAUCACACUAAGCAAGAGCCCUUGAGCCCUGCCAAUAGUCUGCCUAACUGGGGUGUCACACCUGUUGGCAUGGGCUCUUUUGUUCAGUCUCCAACAGGAAGUUCACAGGUCAAUGGGGAGGAGGGGUCUGUGUGGGGUAACGGAGAUGCCAAGACUGCCAAUAGUUCCAAGGACUCAGGCUGGGAUUCAGGAAGUGGUUGGAGUCAAGGAGUAGCUACAGGCACCCCUGGAUGGGGACAAGCCCCAUCCAAUGGGGACUGGGGCAAGCAUUCCAGUGAACCUAAAGGGUGGGAUUCUGCUGGAUCUCCCACUCAAGAGCAGCCACUCAGUUCUUGGGGCAGUGGUGCCAAUGCUCCAGCUAGUGAGGGAAGCAGUGACAGCAUGGAUGGUCAUUCUCAGAGGAGGGAACACUCAAGAGACAUGGCUCCACCUCUUCUGCCUGCCCAGGACAUGGAUCCAAGGGUUCUGUGCAACACAGGAUGGGGACAGACCCCUGUGCGUCAGCACACAGCCUGGGAGACUGAAGAAGCUGCACGCUCAAAUUACAAGAAUGAUGUUGGUACUGAAGCCUGGGGCUCAUCUUCAAAUGCACCUCAUAUGGCACAACCACCAUCUCAUGGUAGCGUCAAUCCAAGCUCUGGACCCGACUCUGUGAGUAAGUGUGAUGUGCAUCGCCCCACAGCAACAACUACAUCAGGCUGGGGAACGUCCCCCAGCCAACCAUGCUCUGGAUGGGGUGACAACACCAAGAAAACCCCUAUUGGUCCUGGGGGUUGGGGCAAUCCCCCACAAGGAGGCCACAGUGGUAGCUUGCAAAAAAGUGGCCAUUCCUGGGCCUCUGAAGACAAGUCUCCUACAUGGGAUGACUCCCAUUCCAAGGCUAAACCUCAAGGUUGGGGUGAGGGCCCUAAGCCAUCCCAUGGUUGGGGCAGUGACCCAGGAGGGGACAAUGGAACUGGAGAUGAGUGGGGUGACUCUGGAGAAGGAAAGAAGAAUGGACCAUCUAGCUCUUCCUGGGAGGGAGAUGGAUCAGGAUGGAAAGAAAGCCCUCGUGGUUGGGGAAAGCCAUCCCCAGGUGGAGGCUGGGGAGAUGCACAACGCCCCAGUGCCUCAACACAGGGAUGGAGCAACAAGUCUCAGGAGGGUAGCAAUGGCAGUAGUGCUGGUGGGAGCAUGGGAUCAUGGGGAGGUUCGGGCUCUCUCAAACAGAGUGGCUCUGGUUGGGGAGGAAGCAAUGGGGGAGGAGUAAAACAUAAUCAUACUGCAGAGCCCACUGGAUGGGAAGAGCCCUCUCCGCCCUCCAUCCGACGCAAGAUGGAAAUUGAUGAUGGUACCUCAGCUUGGGGUGAUCCAAGCAGUUAUAAUAAAACAGUUAACCUCUGGGACAGGAACAACCCUGGAAUGCAGAGUAAAACAAACUCUGGAAGUGCCAACAAUCCCCCCAACAACCAUCACCACCUUACUCACCGUAAUCAGUCUCCGUUGCAGGGCCAUGGACAUGGAGGACAAGUUUCAACCAACAACCAUAUCACUUCUGACAAUACAAGCUCUCAUCAAGCUGUAUCUUCUCAUAGCAGAGCAUCCCUGAUGACCACAGGAUGGGGAGAAAUGCCUAAUGUCCACUCCAAACCUGAACCCUCAUGGGGAGAGCCAGUGCCCCCUCCAGCAAGUGUGGACAAUGGCACAUCAGCCUGGGGCAAACCCCCGGGGGGCUGGGGUGACAGUGGCCCUGAAGGCUAUAGCCGAUCUGGAGGCCCACCAGGAUCUGCCCCCUGCAAGCCAGCCUCUAAAUCUAUGCAAGAUGGCUGGGGAGGUGGAGAAGACAUGGGCCUGUCGACAGGCCAGUGGGAGCAGGAUGAGGGUGACAUGUGGAACAGCACAGCCUCUCAGGAGAGCAGCUCAUCCUGCAGUUCAUGGGGCAACCAGCCCAAGAAAGGUGCUCAGAAGGCGAAGGUUCCUAACAAACAAGACGAUGCCUGGAUUAUGACCCGUCUGAUUAAGCAGUUGACAGAUAUGGGUUUCCCUAGAGACCCUGCAGAAGAGGCUUUGAAGAGCAACAAUAUGAACCUGGACCAGGCUAUGAGUGCCCUGUUGGAAAAGAAGACUGAAUUAGAUAAGCGAGGGUUGGGGAUUUCUGACUACAGCAAUGGCCUCGUCAACAAGCCAAUGAGCUGCAGGCCUUCAAUCAUCUCCAAAGACUCCUCCGACCGUCCUGCCUUCCUGGACAAGGAUGGAGUACUAGUGGAUGAUGCCCAGACUUCACCGUUUAUGCCUUCUCCCAGCCUAAAGCUCCCGUUGGCUAGUGCUGCCAUCCCUGGCCAGAGUCUUGGGGUCACAAUGCAAAACUUGAACAACAGACAGAUGCAGAGCGGAAUGUUUGGCAGUAGUGGAACAGCACAAACUCGGGCCCUGCAGCAGCCUCCUCCUCAGCCAGCAGUGCCACCUCUCAACUCCUCCCAGCCUAGUCUACGUGCUCAAGUGCCUCAGUUUCUCUCCCCUCAGGUUCAAGCACAGCUCUUACAGUUUGCAGCAAAAAACAUUGGUCUCAACCCUGCACUUUUAACCUCACCAAUAAACCCUCAGCAUAUGACCCUGUUGAACCAACUCUACCAUCUGCAGCUGGCAUACCAGCGUUUACAAAUUCAACAGCAGAUGUUGCAGGCACAGCGUAAUGUUUCUGGCCCUAUCAGACAACAGGAACAGCAAGUUGCACGAACAAUCAAUAACAUGCAGCAGCAGAUCCAGCAGCACCAGCGGCAGCUGGCCCAGGUUUUGCUGGUGAAGCAACAGCCUCCGCCCUCUCAUCCUAGCCUGCAUCCCAGCACAGGCAAAUCAGCACUGGAUCCAUUUCCUUCACACCAACAGGCAUCAGGCCUCUCUGUUUCUGACCUGCCGACCAAAGAGCUGCAGUCUUCUCCCAACUCCUUCUCCUCUUAUACUCUGUCUGGAUUGAACCCCAACAUGAAUGUAAACUGCAUGGAGGUGGGAGGUCUGUCCAUGAAGGACUCUCCUCAGCCUCAGUCGCGCCUGUCGCAGUGGACGCACCCCAACUCCAUAGAGAACCUCUCUGGCAACUCCUCGCCUAUGGAGCCUGGGCUCAGCAAACAUGGUGCUGUCUCUGCAGGUCCAAACCUUGGUGCUCCAGGUAAACCUACUCUGGAUGAUUCCUACAACCCGUAUAAUCUGAUGCAGGGUGGUGACUCUCCUGCCAGUCCACUGGUGACCCCAGACAGCUGGGGCCAGAGCAAGAAUGCCAAUGAUAAGAUGUCCAAUGGGACCAACAUCAGCUGGCCACCAGAGUUCUGCCCAGGAGUGCCCUGGAAAGGACUACAGAAUAUUGACCCUGAAACUGACCCCAAUGUGACUCCAGGAAGUGUUCCCAGUGGCCCCACCAUCAACACCAAUAUUCAGGAUGUGAACCGCUACCUGCUCAGAGACAGGAGUGGAGGCAAGCUAUCAGACAUGAAGUCCACUUGGUCGCCGGGGCCCAUCUCUCACACGCAGGCCUCGCUGUCCCAUGAGCUGUGGAAGGUGCCUCAGGGACCAAGGAACACUACAGCCCCCACUCGUCCUCCACCUGGCCUGACCAAUACCAAGCCGUCCUCCACGUGGGGGGGUAAUAGCCUGGGCUUGGUGCCUGGCUGGAGCAGUUCUUACUCCUCAGGUACCACAUGGAGUACAGACAGCUCCAACAGGACCAGCAGUUGGCUGGUACUAAGGAAUCUUACACCCCAGAUCGACGGCUCUACUCUGCGGACACUGUGCAUGCAGCAUGGCCCUUUAAUCACAUUCCACCUCAACCUGACGCAGGGCAAUGCUGUGGUGCGCUAUAGCUCCAAGGACGAGGCUGGAAAAGCCCAGAAGUCCCUGCACAUGUGUGUGCUGGGCAACACCACCAUCCUGGCAGAAUUCGCUGGAGAGGAGGAGGUUAACCGCUUCUUUGCACAAGGUCAAUCCCUCACACCCACCACCAGCUGGCAGGCCAACCCGGGCACCAAUCAGACGCGGUUGGGGGUUGGAGCAUCUGCCACUUCACAUCCCAUUGGUCACUGGAACACUGCCAGCCUGGCAGGAGGCGGAGCUGGCAGUGCAGCAGCUAAGGCAGGCAACGAGCUGCUAUGGGGGGGGGUGCAGCAGUACUCCAGCCUUUGGGGGCCGCCCAGUACAGAGGAGGGCCGAGUGGUAGGCAGCCCAACCCCUAUUAACACACUGCUUCCCGGAGACCUGCUGAGCGGAGAGUCCAUGUGAGGGAAUCGACUCAGGAGGAGAAUUAUGAAUAUUAAAAAUGAACAUGGGGAAGAAAAAAAAAACUUGAAGAAAUAUAAUUACGCAGGAGCAAAAACCAAGCAAAAUCAUGUGGUGAUAAUCAGCAUAAGUGGAACUGUGAACCAAGAGACAGGAGGCUGACGAUACACUUGUAGAGGCUGCUGACCUUGUUCUUCUCCUCCUCCUUUUAAUUUUGCAUCAUUUCAGUGGAUUUUUGUUAUUUUUUCAUGUGAGGCUUUGGUUACAGUAUUUUCUAAGACUUUUGGAGAAGAGCAACUAAAAGGAAAACUAGAACCUUUAAUUACAAACUUUCUCUUAACUGAAAACUGUGUGAAACUGUAUUUUACUACAACUGAUCAGACAAGCUGCCAUUUUUAAAUGUCCCCUGGCACAAGCCUUCAUCAACCCAGAUGCACCGUACAAGCCUUCCUCCCUACUCCCCCAAAGAAACGCAUCAUUCCUAUCAAUCCUUCCCUUUAGACUGUGUAUCCAUUGCUUUUCGUUCAUCUGUUAGCCUGGUGGGUUCAUGUAACAGCACUAAACUAGCCUUAACCGCUUACCAGCCCCAUCUCCCACACACACUCACUCUGGGCUUACAGAAGAGAUGAAUCCGAGAAUUGCACAUUUUUCCUCACUUUCGAGCCAGCAGAGAAGAAAAGUUCCAUGCUUGACUAAGCACACAGGCCACAGUACACGUCUGCUUUUCCUCCAGACCUCAGCCAUCACCCUCGUCUGUCCACAUCACUAUUAAAGGGACAGACGUGCGGCUGAUGCUUACUCAUCGGCAGGACAGGCUGAGCAAACGUUUGCCAGCACGCGUGUGCUGUAUUAACCACUGUCUUCAGAACAUUUUAACAAAACACUCGGAACACGUCACGCAGAACGAACGGUCAAAACACAUUCAUUUCCUUCUCUUCUGCUCCAUGAAUGACCUCAAUUAUUUGUGACCCAGCGGGGGUUUUAAAAAAAAAAAAAAGUUUGUCGGACGUGCAAUAUGCCACAGACGCUUCCAUCCAUCAUUAUACAGAGCUUAUGCUGGUGAAGUUUCCUUUCUUUUCUAAAUCAGAGGUGGGGGCAGGAAGAAAAAAAAAAAAACAGUUGUCCUUCAUCUCCCAAGUGUGGUGACAAGGAGAAAGACUUCCUCGUGGUGUGCGAGUCUGUAGUGAAGACUAUAUAUUACGAGCACUUCUCUAAAGACAUGAAGUGACCACAGCAGGAUGCGGGCUUCAAACCAAAUAAGUGUUUCUUGUAACCCAGAAGACAAGGUGCAUUUUAUGUUGUAUUUGGUACAAAAUGACAGAACAAAGAGACUGGUUUGAAAAUGGGUGGUUUAUCAUAGCACUUACCAAGAGCAUCAAGCUCCAACUAUAAUGCCAACAAAUCACACAUGGAAAGCUGGAACUGAAAAAAAAAGCAAAGAAAAAGCAAUCUACAUGGCUUUCUCAUGCGCUUUUGUUUUUUUUUAAACUCUAAACAUGUUUUUUCCUUGGGUCCCUCCCUUGGAUGGACGUCAAAUGGUAGCAAAUGAAGGGUAGUUUAAAGAAAAACUGAUACUGAAGCAUUCUCGUGUUUUUUUUUUUACAAUAUUAUAUACACACACACACACACACACGUGCGCUCAAAGGAAAUAUUGCUGUUACAGUACUCCAAAAUUGUUAGCCUUUUGUCCGGAAAUGCUAGACAUGUCCAUGUGUGGUAAUAGAUCCUGCGGGGGCCCUUUUGCCUGGCGGCCCCACCUUCCUUGGAUAAUAAGUGUGGCCACUGAGUGCCUAUCUGUUGUGGUGCCUGCUGUGCCCACGCUGACUCUGAUGCCACUGUGCCAGACCGGUGCGCCCGAUGCCAGAGCGUACUUGGAGCUGCUGUUUGGCCUGGCGCAGAGUGGCAGCUCUCUCAGAAAUGGCCCGACAGUACUCUUGCGCCAGCAUUUGACCUCGUUUCAACUCUCUUAAAACUCUCUCUUCAUGCAAAGAUCACUUUAGCUGGAAGUGGACAAGAUCCUUUCACGUCAUUUUCAAUUAUUGUAUUUUUUUAUUCCCUGGAAUUGCAAGUGUUAUUUUUGUCAACAUUGCUGUUAUUGUUGUCUUUAUGAUACUUUAUGCUCUUUAAGUGUGAGUGGGAGAGUGAGUUCAUGCAGUGCUCUUUUACAGUAGCUGCUCUUUACCAGCCUCUUUCACUGCACGUGUGCAGGAACAUUUGGAGAAAGAAGCAUGUCUACACUUUUUUUUUUUAAUUGCAACAGUUCAUGUUACUAUGCUAUGUCAGCAGAUCAUGAUUUAAGAACGAUGGUUUGGGGAUUUUCCUUUUCACGGUUGCUCUUUUAUGGAUUGACUGAGUUUAGGGGCAUAUCCUACUGGAAUAGAGGCUUCGUACGGUCACGUGACCCCAU